AUGGCGUUCUCGGCUACCAACAUGUUCGACCUUAUCGUCUUCCUUACAUGGAGGUGCAUUUGUAUGCCUGUCCACCAAUUCCCUCUCUUCAAAGAGAUAUUCUACGCCCAAGAUGUCCUUCUCAGCAUCGCUUCCGUCGCCAACCUCUCAUUCGCCCCCGGCCUCUUCGACGCUAUCAAUGCGUCUGCACCGCCAACAGUCCAUUUCUUCAAGAAUCUGCCUUCUCACUGCUUCAAGAUAUGGGCUGUGUACGUCCUGGUCUUCCAGAAAAAGGGUCAUACCACACGCAUCUAUAUCGGCUCCGGUACCAACUGUGCGGGUAGAGUCCGUACUAGGUGGACCGGAUAUGAUAGACGCGACCCGAGCGUGAUGCCUCGCUUCGUCGACAAAGCCUUCAAGGACGGCUACAAGAUUGUACACAAGGGGCUACUCGUUUGGGCUCCAAUGCCUGCGGCUGCUAAUGUUCCCAUCUUUCGUCUACUGUUCGUGGCCAUGGAAGCCGCCCUUUCUUUCGUCUUCUGGGCCAUGGUAUCCAGGACCAAGGACUACAAAAUGGGAUCCGCUUGUCCAUGGCCACGCAGGGCUUUCACCUAUCACGGCCUGUGCAGUCACAAUGCACUGCUCGAUGGCAUCAAAGGUAACUUCGACCUUACCCAAGAGCAACUUGAGCACAUGGCCGAAGUGGCCCGGGAACGGAAGCGCAGGCAGACUAGAGAGUCGUAUGCCCGUAUGUACGCAAUGAACCCCGAACCAUGGCUGGCCCGCUCCCGGGAGUACGACGCCAAAGUCAAGGCCGAGAAUCCGGAGAAGCUACUGGAAAAGGCUGCUCGGAGCAAGGAGAAGAUGAGGGACCUUAAGAGAUUUCAUUGUGUCGAGUGCAACAUGUCUCUCUCCUGCCAGACUGACUUGGACAAACACCUUAAUAGCAAGCGCCACAAGCUGAGGUUCGCCAAUAAGCAGGCGGGGGUCGUUCACAACUUCUUCUGCGACCUUUGUGGCUACUCCAGCGUCUACCAGACUGGACUCGAUCGUCAUAACACUGGGGCCACCCAUAAGAAGCGGGCGGCCGCGGCUGCCAAACUUGCGGCCACCGAGUCGCUCGACUCGGACUGA